UUUAGUACCAGGGGCACUUAACCAUAGAUUCACAUCCCCAACCCUUUUUAUUUUGAGACAGGGUGUCACUAAGUUGCUUAGGGUCUUGCUAAGUUGCUGAGGCUGGCUUUGAACUUGUGAUCCUUCUGCCUCAGCCUUCCUAGCUCCUGGAAUUACAGGCUAAUUGUUGAAUUUUUGAAAUGACAAUGUUUUGGGUAAGUUUAAGUCAAUAUGUUUAUCUUUGGUUUUCCAAAGUUCCAAAUUGCCUAUAGCUUCCAUAUAAAAGCUACCACUAGCACACUCUAAUGAUAGUUUCUUCUAUCACAUCCAUCAUUAAGCCUGAUGUUGAGGCCUCGUAACUCCCAGGAGGAAGGAGGAUGGCUUGGAAGUGGAAAGUCCAUCCUUUUCAGCCCUGGUGAAUUGUGGAAAAAAGGGGCAUAGAGUAGGGAAAGCAAAUUGUGAGAGUUACACAUUCUGAACUUUCUUGUCUGGCUAAAGUUCUGGGGAUACCGAGGGAGUGCUAAGUGGACUCAGGGGACAGUUACCAGUACAGGAGAUUUGGUUCUGCUUCCCGCCUUUUUUUGUUCUCUGUGUGUGUGUGUGUGUGUGUGUGUGGUGGUACUAGGGAGUGAACCAUGGACACCAGGGAUGGAAGCCAGCAUGACAUCCCAAAAGAUGAGAUGGUACCAGUUCAGUGACAGGAGUUGACUACCUUCUUGCAGGAGAGACCUGUGAGGAUCUAGAGACAUGCCCCACAUGUAAGGCCUUCUCACCAUCAAGAAUUACUGAUAAGACCCUGGAGAAAAAUUUACCUGAGAGCAGCCAUUUAAAUCAGUCCUGAUAAGGAGUUUAACUUAGUCUGAAUAUUAACUGGAAGAGAUUGAGGUAUUAUUUGACAAGUUUCAAGUUUCCUGGCUCUUUUUUAGGGUAGAUGUUAAUGAAGAAUUUUAGAUUAGUUAUCAAAUGAACAGCACAUGUAAAGGAGACAGAUUAGAUCAAUUAUAGAAAAUAAAGUAGCUACAUUUGCGUUUCAGUGUGAAUAAAUGUGAACAGGCAGUAAAGGAACUUAGGUUUAGUAAGAUGAUGGAGUCUGUCCUGGCUAAGGACUGAGCCUGGGGUAUAAGCAGGAGGAAAUAGCUUCAUGUCAUAGGUAAGAAGAAAUUCCAGAGAAGCCAACAGCAAUGGUGUAAGGUUUGAGACAACCAGGGAAGUGGUUGCUAAGUAAUUUGGCCUUAGAAGAUUUGCAAUAAUCUUCUAGGAGAGAAGAGUAAAUUUCUUAGUGAAAUAUAGGGUUAUUGGGAAGUCCUGAGGGUCCAUUUAAAACUUGUAAUCAUUUAUUUAAAGUAAGGAAUGCUUAUGAGGGUAUUGCUUUUUAAAUAUUCUCUCUCAGUGGCUAAUUUCUUGGCUCUGAGAAUUGGGUUUACCCAGGAUUGUCAGUUAGUGUGAUGGAUGAAGAGGGAGUAGUUGUUGGAAGUUGUAGGUAAGGGAGGAUAUAAUCAUGGAUCAUGGUUUCUAAAUUUAGGGAAUGGGGUCCUGAGGAGGGUGAUAGUGAAAUGUGGUAGAAUCAUUGGAUUACAGGUUCUGAUGUGGUCAAAGAUCAGGUGGAAUGGUCAAAAUUGGCUGAAAAAAAAAUACACACACACACACACACACAUACACUUAUAAGUAGGACAUGUAUUGGUAUAUUAAAGAAUGGCUGAGAUCUGGAAUAAGAAAAGCCUGGCAUGGUAUUGCAUUCCUAUAAUCUCAGAAUCUGAGAGGCUAAGGUAAUAGAUGAACUUUCUUCAAAUGAAGUUAUCAAGAAAGUUAGGCAUUGGGGUGAAUAGUUCAGCAAUGGCAGAUUUCUCACAUUGGCUUCUUGAUCCACGAUAGAGUAGUAAGAGCCAAAUGGAGACUGGGAAGCCCUCCCUGGCUCAAAUAAUAUACAAAAAACAUUACCUGGGUUGAUGGCUGAUUUGGGGAAAUGUACUGGUAACAGGUACAAGUCUUAUAGAUCCUCCUGAGGAGGCCUGAAGAUCAAAGGAGUAGUGAAAUCAUUUCAUAGGUAGAACCUUGAGAGAUGACUUUCCUGGGCAGGCUAAUAGUUUAUCUUAGACUCAAAGAUUUGGAAUGAAAUAAGGUGUAGGAAUUGAGAAUAAGGUGGUUUGAAGAGGGCAUUAUGGACAUGACUUCCAUUUUUCUUUUUAAGUGGGAGUUAUAAUUUCUGUUUCUUUUGCUUCUUCCUUUUCUUCUGCAAGGAGGUUUGGGAAAGAGCUGUAUGGCUGAACCCUGAACCUGAAAUCAUUUGGUCCUGUGAAUGCCACAGCAGAGGAUGUUCUUAAUCAGACAGGAUCACCUUCUUUGUGGAUAGCAGAAGGAAAAGUUGAUGCGAUGCUCUCAAUGCCGAGUUGCCAAAUACUGUAGUGCUAAGUGUCAGAAAAAAGCUUGGCAGGACCACAAGCGGGAAUGCAAAUGCCUUAAAAGCUGCAAACCUAGAUAUCCUCCUGACUCUGUGCGACUUCUUGGUCGAGUUGUCUUCAAACUUAUGGAAGAAACUCCCUCAGAAUCUGAGAAACUUUACUCAUUUUAUGAUCUGGAAUCAAAUAUUAGCAAACUUACUGAAGAUAAGAAAGAGGGCCUCAGGCAACUUACAAUGACAUUUCAACAUUUCAUGAGAGAAGAAAUACAGGAUGCUUCUCAGCUGCCAGCUUCUUUUGACAUUUUUGAAGCCUUUGCAAAAGUGAUCUGCAACUCUUUCACCAUCUGUAACGCGGAGAUGCAGGAAGUUGGUGUUGGCCUAUACCCUAGUAUGUCAUUGCUCAACCACAGCUGCGACCCCAACUGUUCGAUUGUGUUCAAUGGGCCCCACCUCUUACUUCGUGCCGUCCGAGACAUUGAGGUGGGAGAGGAGCUCACCAUCUGCUACCUGGAUAUGCUGAUGACCAGCGAGGAGCGCAGGAAGCAGCUGAGGGACCAGUACUGCUUUGAGUGUGACUGUUUCCGGUGUGAAACCCAGGACAAGGAUGCUGAUAUGCUAACUGGCGAUGAGCAAGUCUGGAAGGAAGUUCAAGAAUCCCUGAAAAAAAUUGAAGAACUGAAGGCACAUUGGAAAUGGGAACAGGUUCUGGCCACGUGCCAGGCGAUCAUAAGCAGCAACUCUGAACGGCUUCCUGAUAUCAACAUCUACCAGCUGAAGGUGCUCGACUGUGCCAUGGACGCCUGCAUCAACCUCGGGCUGUUAGAAGAGGCGCUCUUCUAUGGGAUUCGGACCAUGGAACCCUACCGGAUUUUUUUCCCAGGAAGCCACCCCGUCAGAGGUGUGCAAGUAAUGAAAGUCGGCAAACUGCAGUUGCAUCAAGGCAUGUUUCCGCAAGCAAUGAAGAACCUGAGACUGGCUUUUGAUAUCAUGCGAGUGACACAUGGCAGAGAACACAGCCUGAUUGAAGAUUUGAUUCUACUCUUAGAAGAAUGUGAUGCCAACAUAAGAGCAUCUUAAGGAAGCCCAGCUGGAGAGAGAUGGCUUGUAACCUUAUCAGAUGCCUUAUUGAGGUCACACCAAUUUGUACUUUGUUUGCUGUGUGAAUCUUCCUUGUUAAAAAUGCUGUUUUGUGUUUAUGUAGGUAAAUAAAGGCAGACACAUGGUUUGUCAACCAUAGAAUCCCUAGUUGUAGAGAAGCACGGUUAUAAUAAAUACAAAAAAAGUUAGUUAAAAUGCUAUCUGGUAACUUUUUUUCUUUGUUUACUCAUUGGUGAUUUUAAUGUUUAAGAUCUCAAUGUUCAAGAUAGAAAAUCUGAUUAAAGGCAUGACAGAAUAAUUUCCAACUUUCUCUUUGAAUGUAUGUGAACAUGAUUGAAUAAAUAUCACCAUUUUCAUACUUGCUUCCAAGCACAAACUUAAUUUCCAUUUUGGCAAGAGGCAGGAUUUUACUAUUGCUUUAUGUUAGGUUACUUAUUGGUUUUGCAGUGCUGGGGACUGCAUCCAGAGCCUUGCAUAUGCUAGGCAAACAUUAUACCCUGAGCCCUUAUUUUAUGUUAUUUUUUUAUUAACAUGUAUUAUCUAUAUUAAUGGGGUGCAGUAUGAUAUUUCAAUAUGUGCAUACAGUAUGCAGUGAUCAAAUAUAACUCCUCACCCCUACCUAGUUUCUAGCCUCUAGAAAUCACUAUUCUACAUUCUAGUUGAACUUUUUUUUAAUUAACUUCCACAUAUGAAAGAAAAUGUGAUAUUUGUCUUUUAACUUAUUCCACUUAACAUAAUGCCCUCCACUUCUAUUCAUUUUCCUGCAAAUGAUAAGAUUUCAUUCUUCUUGAUGACUGGCUAAUACUCCACUGUGUAUGUAUACUCCAUUUUCUUUAUUUUUUUUCUGUUGAUGGACCCCCUAGGCUGAUUCCAUAUCUUAGCUAUUGUGAAUAGCACCACAAUGAACAUGAGCAUGCAGGUAUGUUUUGUUCGCUGAUUUCAUUUUCCUUUUGAUAUAUACCCAGAAGUAGGAUAACUGGGUCAUAUCAUAGAUAUAUUAUUAGUUUUAUAAGGAAUCUCCACACUGUUUUCCACAGUGGUUUUACUGACUCACAUUCCCACCUACAGUGUAUAAAGAUUCCUUUUUCUUAACAUCUUUGCCAGCCCCUUUUGUUUUUGUUUUUAUAAUAGCCAUUUUAACAAGGGUGAGAUGGAAUCUUAUUGUAGUUUUGAUUUGCAUUUCCCUGAUGACUAAUGAUUUUGAACAUUUUUCCCCACCUUUCUUGGCCAUAAAAGAUGGUCCUAUUCAUAUUAUUUACCCAUUUUUAAAUUGUAUUAUUCAUUUUUAAUAGUUUUUUUUAAGUUUCUUCUCUAUUCUGGAUAUUAAUCCUUUGUCAGAUGGACAGUGGCAAAUAUUUUCUCCCAUUCUGUAGGUUUUCUAAUCUAUCUGAUUGUAUCUUUUACUGUACAAUUUUUAUGUUGAUGUAAUUCCAUUUAUCUCUUUGUGUUUUUUUCCUGUAAACUUUUGGGGUUAUAUUCAAAAACUCACUCCCUAUACCAGUGUCUGUAAAAAUCAUUGCCAAUCCCAAUGUCCUUUCAGGUCCUACAUUAAGUUGGAGUUGAUUUCCAUGAAGGAUGAGACAGAAGGAUCUAGUUUCAAUUUCCAUCUAGAUCUCCAGUUUCCCCAGCACCAUUUGAUGAAAAGGCUGUUCUUUUUUAAUGUGGGUUUUUGGCGCCUUCAUUGAGAAUCAGUUGGUUAGAGAUGUUUGGGUUUAUGUCUGGAAUCUCUGUUGUGUUCCACUCAUUUGUGUAUCUGUUUUUAUGCUAGCUCCAUGAUGCUUGGUCACUGUGCCUCUGUAAUAUGUCUUGAAAUUAGGUUUUGUGGUGCCUCUGGCUUUGCUCUUUGUGUUCUAGAUUGCUUUGUCUAGAAGCAGAAUUCAGAGACUGUUGUCUUUACUCUUUGUGAUAAGUGAUGUUUGUGUACACUGUUUCCAACUACAACUUGAACACAAGAAUGUUUAUCUUCAAUCCUAGAAAGAAGUCAUUUUAGAUGUUACUAAGAAGGAUAGGAAGUCUUACUGCCAAAAAUACAAAAAAAGUGUAUCUGAA